AUGCGAUGCAAGCUCAAGCACCUUCGACAACCAGCGGCGUCGAGGGAAGCAUAUCGACUAUCUUUGCUUACUUCCGUCCUGACAUUGUCACAGACCCUAUGCAGCAACGUGAGCCUGCAGUGUGUCGAGACACUUCUCAGAGCUGGCCUUGGCUGCAUAGCAUACUUGAGGCAAGAAAAGCUUCUGGGUCUAUUGCCCUUCGAGAAUUUUUCCGAAUAUCACCUUUCUGCUGAAAUCAACAAUAUGGUGUCUACCCAAGCGAGUGGCUCGUUUUCCACCGAGGGUCAGACUAGGCGCGCUGUCAGUGGUGUCACCAUCAUGAACCUAAAGCGGGGGUUCACUAACGAGGGUGACAAAUUAUUGGACUAUUUGGAGCAUGGAAUCUUCGAUGCGAUUGAGAAACAAUACCUGCGCAAGUUCAUAUUUGCUAUCUACUUGGACGGUAAUGACCCCAACAACAUCGUAGAGGCAUACACGUUCAACUUUCGGUAUCACAAAGUUCCCGGCACAAAUACUGUCGUACCGAUACUGUCGUUGGGAGACCAGCUGUCGAAACUGUCACUUGGCUAUGCAAGAAGCGAGGAGCUCAUGGCGAAGUCGUUAAAGCAAGGGAAGCUACCUACCUUAGGGGAAGUGAAGCGAAGUCUUAAGAGCCGAUUUGGGAAUUUCAAGCUGUUCUUCAACGAGAGUACACCAGAUGAUUACCAACCCCCUCAUUUUCGUGCUGGUGAUCUCGAUGGUAGCAAAUGGUUUUUUACUACUCACGGCACAAGUGAAACCCCCGAGAAGAUGUGCAUUGGCAAUUUUGAAACUGGAUGGCAUGGUGUAAGCAUGAACGUCACUUCCGUUUCCUCCUAUCUCCCCUCCGUGACCGAAGACAAUGAUGCACUUUUUACCGGUAUUACAAAUUCCGCUCCCAAACUGAGCCCCAUCGAAGAAGCACGACUACGCGCCGAGGACGCAGAACUCCAAAGAAAGGAUGCGCUAAACCGCAACGUGGUCUGGGACGCAGAUGCGGACGCAGACGGAGCCAGGAAAGAGUCUUCUGACGAUGGUGUAGUUCUCGCGAGAUGUGAUGGUGUCUCAGUUAUUGUUCCCGUUGGACUGCGAGGGGAUGACGGGGCCAUUCAGCCCAUUCCAGAAGCUUCAGGGCUAGGACAUAUUUCUGGGAAACCCCAAAUCACUCCAACACGAGUUGGCAAAUUAAGAGACACUCAUGACAUGGAAGACACUCAAGUUAUCUCGGGAACAGGGGAAGUUGAAAUCGCCUCGCACUCGCAUUCUCCCAGCAUACAACAGCAACCUUCGUUGCCCCCGUCCGAUUCGAGCAUGUCAAAUGCCUCAACCCCACAGGUUAACACUCAGUUUCUUGAAGAAAAACUACGUCGCAGGAUGUUCUGUUCGAUUACGUCUGAUGAUGGGACUGAUUCUCGAGUAGAUAUGGAGACCCAGGAAACUCCUUGUCAAGAUCUCUCCCACAGACUAGGAUCCAUGGCUUCUUCUGGCAUGCAGAGAGGCGCAACAGCAGCGAAGACACCUGUGACAGCAGCAGCCAUGGAAGGCGGAUUUGCGGACUCUGACGAGGGAAUACUUGACUGUGAUUGUGGUGCAAAGGUAAGACAGCUUCCUUCAGAAUUCCACUGUCCUGUGACGUAUAUCAAUCAGAUUGAGGACGUUAGUAUCUUCUGCGAAGGAGGUUGCAAGAGAUGCUAUCACAGUUCACAAGACAAGCGACUUCCAGAGCGAUUUUUGUGCCUUGACUGCCGCCUCCGAAAUUCAAGCGAAUGGGACAUCAUAACGGGCAAGAUCCAUUCAGAUAUCAUUUGCCGUUUCAAGGAUCUUGCACUAUUCAGGGGAGAGCGUGCUAUUAAAGUAUUCGAGGUCCGGAAGCCUGCGACUGUGAAGCAGUUCAGAGAACAGAUCGGCGAGCAACUUGCACACCGUUGCACUGCAGCUUUAACGAGUCAAUUACUCGCCCGGCUGGAAGACGAAGUGUUCAUCGCAACGGAAUGUGCGAUCAAUGACGACCUUGGCUCUGUCCGAGAUAUCGAGAAGAAAACAAAGAAACAGGCACGCAGUAAAGCAAAGAGGACACGGAAGGAGCUGCAGAGAACCAAAUUUAUAUUUCUCCAUGCUUCUAAGAGGGGCAAGGCCUACCAAGAUUACUUUAACCCGGAUCCCGCCGUCGAGAACCGUUUGAUGGGUUUGACAGAUAAGGUAGAUCCUGAAAUUAUACAUAAGAGCAUCAGUCACAUGUCCGAUCUUCAGAUUCGUACAGGUUCUUCGAUGAAGGGCGAGUCGUAA